CUUGAGCGAAAGAAUCAACACAAGUUACACCACCAUUACAAAAGCCUAUUAAAAUAUAAAAAUAUAAUAGGUUCCAGUCGGCGACAUCGCCACUCGGCGACAUCGCCAGUCAUAAUAGGUUCCAGUCAGUGACACCGGCGUUCAGUUGCAGAGGACAUUUUGGAGAGGCAGAACGUUUUUUAAAUCCAGGCGUCGCAAGGUACGUGCGCUCUUAUGUAUAUGACGUUAUCAGCCAUGCUUCCUAUCACAACCUGCCUUCUGGCCGUGCUUGCCAUGUCGAGCGCCCUCACCGACGAGCAGAUAGCUCGCUUCAUGACGUCAGACAGGGUGGAGGGCAACACAGGGGAGACAGGAAUGGUGACCAUUGCUACGGCAAAUGGCAUGCAUACCAUCACCAGUAACGGGGUACCAGACCAUGCUACUCCGGAUUACCCAAAUUCGGGUAACCCGAAUGAUAUCACGGUACAGACGCACGAAUGGACGAUUCCAGUCAACCCUACGGUAGCCGAGUCUACCACCGAUCUGCCACUAGGCCCAAUCGGUGUAGCAAUCAAUGGAAUUCCGUUCUUCAACCCCUACACAGCUACAGGAGAGGAUGCCGUUCUUACAGAGACCUUCGACAGCUGUGAUGGCCACCCAACAAACCGAGGCACCUAUCACUACCACAAACAGCCGUCGUCCUGCGUCUUCAGCGUCGUUGAUGGGGAACCCUCACCGUUGAUAGGCGUGGCCCUGGAUGGGUUUCCCAUCUACGGCCCAAAUGAUGAGAAUGGCAACACGCUGACGUCAUCGGACCUUGAUGCGUGCCACGGCCGGUUCGUGAACGGGCAAUAUCAGUAUCACACCACGAGUGAUUUCCCGUACAUUAUGGGAUGUUUCAAAGGCGAGUACACGCGCACUAUGCCCCCAAACAGGCCUCCUGGGGGUGGGCCCCCAAAUGGCAACGAGCCCCCGGCCCCGAGUGAUAACAGUCCCUCAGACAACGGCCAAGCAAAUCUGAAAAGCAGUUUACUGCUCAUGCUCAGUUUGUUGGCUCUCAUGGUCGCGAUAUUCUAAAUUUUCCCCCAAUUUUUGGUGGUUUCACUAAUGCUUUUAAACCACAAGAUAACAAGUAUUUCAAACUCUAGUUUUACCUUUUGACGGAUGCAAGGAUUACGGGCAUUCUGUUUUUGAUUAAUUAAUUCAGUAUGAAUUCAUUAGUUCAUUCU